GCCCUGCCUCGGCUCGGCUCAGUUCGUGAACGCGAGGCGAGCUCUGCCUGCUGCCUCCCUCCCUGCCCGCCUGCCAGCCUGCCUGCCAGCCUGCCUGCCACCCGCGGCGGUCCGAGCUGCCCCUCUCUGGACCUUGGUUCCCGGUGUGAGUGUUCGGGGCUCCGGCCGCGCGCGGUUCCGAGACCCGGUGCUGCGCUUUUCCUCCACUAUGGGCGACAAGAAGAGCCCGAGCAGGCCAAAAAGACAAGCCAAACCGUCGGCGGAUGAUGGAUAUUGGGAUUGUAGCGUUUGCACCUUCAGAAACAGCGCGGAAGCUUUUAAAUGCAGCAUCUGCGACGUACGGAAGGGCACGUCCACGAGGAAGCCCAGGAUAAACUCCCAGCUGGUGGCUCAGCAGGUGGCCCAGCAGUACGCCACCCCUCCUCCCCCGAAGAAAGAGAAGAAGGAGAGGCCAGAGAGACCGGAGAAAGAGAGGGUGGAGGAGGAGCGCCCUGAGAGAAACCUCGCGCCCGACACCGAGACCCCGAGCAAAGAGACCAUCGAGAAGGAGCAGCCGGAGAAAGAGAAAGAGAAGGAGAAAGAGAAGAAAGACAGAGAGAAGGAGAUCACUCCCACCAUCACCAAGAAACCCAACAGCAAAAAGACCAGACCCAAGACAGACAUCCAUCAAAGCCCACCCAGUGAAAGGAACAGCAUACAGUCGGGGAAAUCCACCACCAAGACCAAGAACUCUCACACCUCCAGACCCAAACUGAAGAACGUGGACCGGAGCACCGCCCAGCAGUUGGCCAUCACAGUGGGGAACGUGACGGUGAUCAUUACAGACUUUAAGGAGAAGACUCGCUCCUCCUCCACCUCCUCCUCCACCGUCACCUCCAGCGCAGGAUCCGAGCAGCAGCACCAGAGCUCCGGCUCGGAGAGCAUGGACAAGGGCUCGUCUCGCGCCUCCACCCCCAAAGGAGACCUCUCGGUGGGGCACGACGAGUCGUUCUGAGCUUCCAAAUCCCCCUUUUUCCUUCUUCUGGACACUGUGGAGAUGCUGGGAGCCCCGAGGGCUGUCUGGAUCAACCUUCUCCCAUGCCCUGCGUCGCCCUGCGUCACCCUGCGUCGCCCUGCGUCGCCCUGCGUCACCCUGCGUCACCCUGCCGUCUCUAAUUCCACGAUAUUCAUUUUUAUUUUUUAUUUUCCCAUUACAUUCGGAAGGAUGCUCACAUUUACAUUUACUUACCUAAACACACACACAGAAGCUUUUCCUUCUCAAACGAUUUUUUGAUGGAUAUAACUUACUGUAUGUUAUAUAUCUUGGUGGACCUCCCAUUGGAUACCAGAUAUACCAUGGAUACAGAUAAUCUCCAUCACACCUCACUCAGCAUCACUGGAUUUACCGCAGGAACAGCCAGGGCCUCUGGGAAUACUGGGAAUACUGGGAAUAGCGCCACCCUCCUUGACGGCAUCCCACUCUUGUAUGUAAUGUAUUGUUUUAUAUUUGUAUAAGUGAAUAUCGGGCUGAAUCAACUUUUUUCUUUUUGCUCUUUUUUUUGUAAAAAAAAAAGAAAAAAAAUAAGAAGAAGAAAGAAAGAAGAAUGAGAAGAGAAAGAGAAGUCUGCUGUGCACAAGAACCGCCUACGAUUUAACAACUCUUCUCGAACCGCUGCGACACUUAUAUUUACUUAUUUAUUAUCUGUUGCAUCUUCUUAAUACUUUUAGAGGUUUGUUCUGUCGAAGCUUCGCUAAAUAACAGUAGUAGUAGUUCGGCUCACGGCUCCUCUUUUUACACUUUUCUGGAGUUUCUGGAGCCUCCUGAGAAAACUUCUUCUCCUCCCACAUUGGUGCUAGCUACACUGUGAAUCAGAUUUAACCUUUUUUUUGGACUGUCCUUCACAUGGUCCAUGGUUCAACGUGGUUCAACGUCCAUGAGCUUAAACCCAUUCAUUUAUCCAUCCAUCCAUUCAUUCAUUAAUCCAUCCUUCCACUUAAAACAAUUCUUCCCCAGGCAAAUCCCACCAGAGUUCGAUAUAUAUAUAUAGAGCUACAGGGGUUGGAGAAUGAAACUGAAAUUCCUGGUUUUAGAGCUCAAUAACUGAUUGUGGUGACGGACAGUUCUGGUGGAAACAGGAGAGUUGAGGUGCACAUUGAAUUCUGCGUGAUUUGAUCAGCCGUGGUUUUAUGUUUGUUGGAUACAAUCCGGGUUAGCACCCGAACAUCCCUUUCAGACAGCUUCCUCUUACAGCAUCCACAGUUAAUCCUGUUGGAUGUGGUUGGUUCUUCUUGGUGGUAUGCUGACAUUACCCUGGAUACCGUGGCUCUUGAUGCAUCACAAAGACUUGCUGUCUUGGUCACAGAUGCUCCAGCAAGACGUGCACCAACAAUUUGUCCUCUUUUGAAC